GGUGAACUGAGUUAGGACUUUAAUUUCCAGAAACUCUUGCUGGCCAAUCAACCUGCCUGGUUCACUUUUACUUUUACUGUCAGGCAAGAGGGCCACUGGUAGUGUCCAUUUUCUCAACGUCCUGAAAAAAGGACAUUUUCCAGCCCUCCUCAGAAUGAAGCGUCUCUUGCUUCUGGAGCCUGUGAUGGCCCUGUGCGCUUUUUCCUAUUUUCUCAAUGCUCCACUUAUGCAGCAAUAUGUUUACCGGAGACUCUGGGUGCAGAUGACAAACACCACCUAUCCCAUCUCUGACAUAUCCAGAUGUACAGCAAACACCAGCAACAACUCAAACAGUUAUGAGGAUGUACAGAAGCAGGCAUCUCUCUUCUCCCUUUAUACAGACGUCCUCUGCACAAUCCCAUCUUUGGUGGUCAUUCUCUUGCUGGUGACCUACAGCGACCGAGCAGGACGCAAAAUCACAAUCAUCAUGCCUGUGAUUGGCAUGUUGAUCAAUACCUUGGCCUACCUGACUGUAUCCUAUUUUGAACUCAACAUUUACCUUCUCAUUGGCUCCUCAAUCCUCAGCGCUCUGUGUGGCGGCUUGGGCACAUUUCUGGGUGGCUGUUUUGCCUACAUAGCAGACCUGUGUGACACCCGUCGCCAGAAGACUCUGCGCAUGGCUGGAGUGGACAUGAUGAUUGGCGUGUUGGCUGGCGGGGCUUCAAUAUCAACAGGCUACUUCCUGAAAACUGCAGGAUUUAACUGGCCUUUCCUAACAUCUGCAUUGAUACUGUGUCUGAGCCUAAUCUAUGCAGUCUUUGUCCUUGAGGAGACUAUCAAGCCUCCAACCGAUGCCGUUAUUAUAGAUUUGUUACCUCAGCGCUCUGCCAUAAAACAGAUGGUCUGUGGGGUCUACCAGAUGCUUGCAGGGGGUAGUCGUAGUUGUAAAAUUGCUUUGGCCCUCCUCAUUGUCAUCUUUAUCAGCUUUUCCUUUGGAUAUAUUGGUGGGGUCUCUAUGAUAACGCUGUAUGAGCUCAAUAAGCCCCUGUGCUGGACUGAGAUUUUGAUUGGCUACGGCUCAGCAUUAUACACCUCUGUUUUCCUGACUAGCUUUGUGGGAGUGUCCUUAUUUACAUACUGUGGUAUGCCCCAGCUGCUCAUUGUCCUGUUGGGGAUCCUGUCUCUGGCGAUAAGCAUGGUGAUGACAGCAUUUGCUAAGACCACUUCAUUUAUGUUUAUAGCAAUUGCAUCAAUGCUUCUGUCUAAAAUGCCUUUCCCUGUUCUGCGCUCCAUGAUGUCAGAGAUCAUCUCCAAGUCUGAGCAGGGAGCCCUUUUUGCCUUUAUCUACUUUCUGGAGAUUUUAAGCAACAAUGUAUCGACUGGAGUCUUUAACAGUAUUUAUGCUGCUACGGUGUCAUGGUGCCCUGGCUUUGUGUUCCUGUUGUCUGCAGGACUCUGUGUGAUCCCUUUGUCUGUUAUUGGGGUGGUGGUUCUGAUGAGAGUGGAUCUUACCAAAGAAGCCCAAAUGACAAAUCCUUUGAUCUUAGAGGAGGAGAACCCUCUUGAAGGUCCUAGUCAGAAGAGUCCUUAACUGAGACUCUUGGUCUAAGAUUUGUCUUGGAUUCGUUGUUGUUUUCUCUGGCUUUAUGUUGCUAAUGCAGAUUGCCGUUGAGUUAACUUAAGUUACAAUGAGCUUGUGUUAAUAUUAAGUAUUAUGUCUUCACCUAGUUCAAAUAUAUUUGAUGGUGCACAAAGACAACCUCACAAAAAUGCAUAAAAUUCAUCAGAUUUCAUGUUAGUACUGUGUUUUGAUACAUGUUAAAUAAAAAUUGUGACUAUCA